GGUCCCAGGAGCAUCCAGAACCCCAUUCUGCCAUGAAGCUCACCACAGCCUUCCUAGUCCUAUGUGUGGUCCUGCUCAGCAACUCUGCUGAUGCUUCGUUCUCUCACAAGUCUGUGGACUCAACUAAGACUGCUCUGACUGUAAAGCCUGUUACCAGGGUCAUGGCCAACUCAAUUCUCAAGAACUUCAAGCCCCUGAAGUUCAUACUGGUCAGCCUGGGCAUCCCAGUGGGGCAACUUGUGGAGAGCUCCCAGAAGUGUGUUGCUGAGCUGGGUCCUGAAGCCAUGGGGGCCAUGAAGACUCUGCUGGGGGCUCUGACGUACUUUGGUUGAGCCAAGGCUGGCUUACCCAUGCCCAGAGACAAGAUGCUGCCAUCUGCAGGUGGAGACCUACUCCGGGUCUGAGACCCCCCCCCCACUUUCUCAAUAAAAAUGUGUA